UAGCGCAUACGGAAGAAAGAAAGUAUCAAAACGAAACGUCGAAAAUAAAACAUACGGUUGAUAUAUUUUUUUUCUGUUGUUGUUCUACUAAAGUGUCUGCUCGAAAUAAAAACAGCAGCUAUGGCAUUAGUAUUGCGUUAGAGUUCAGUCGAUGUGCACGCUUAUUUCAUUCGAAACAGAAAAUAAAUUACCCUCAAUUCCAAAACAAAUCGAUAGAACGCCGUAGCGAACUUUGUGUUUUUCAUUUUCAAGUGUUUGCGGGAUUUUACAUAUUUUGUUAAAGCAUUUCAGAAUUAAACGAAGGAAAUUAGAAUAAAAUAUUUCAAAUUAGUAAAAAGUGCUUUGCGUGUAUAUACGUCACCCAACAAAUGAUGUCAAUCACAUUUAAUGGAUACAACACGAAGUAAAUGAUGGUUAAUAAAUAAUGUGUAAUUGAGGAAAAGAGAGCCACCUAUUUUCUGAUAGUGUUGCUUGAAAAUUGAUAUUCACAAGGGGAAACGCACAUCGGAGAGGAGAAACUAUUCAAAAUGCCAUCGUUACGGCAGCGGGUUUCAACAUACUUUCGUCAACUGAGUUUCAUUGCUGAGCCGCAUCGAGGUGUCGAUUCACGAUUUGCAAGCACGUUAAGUCCGCGAAAUACACCAGACGAUCGUUGUUUCAUUGCAAAAUAUUUGGAGAGUCAAACGGAUGACCGCAUUUCUAAUGGCCACCACACUGAAAUAUUGCAUGGUAAAGAGCCAACCGAUUUACCGGAUUUGAAUCUUCGACCAUACGACAUUGGACCACACACUGUGACCGCAUGUUGUACCGGACCGGAUAAAGGAUUAACUGCAGUAAAACGGUCACGUGCUCAUCUUUCUCAUCUCGGCGACGAUAUCGAUUUUAUCGAUACAUCAACUGAGGAUCCGAACGAGCGUAAAAGUGUACCAAAACCAGAAACCAAUUUUCGCCUUCGUUACCAACAACAGUUGAAACAAAAAUCCACCACAAUCAAUCAACCCGAUCAAAAUGCAAACAAAGAGACAACAUCACCAUAUGAAAAUGGCGUACGCGCAAGAAAAUUGUCCAAAGGCGAAACGGCAACAGACGAAACGACGAAAAUUCAUCAAAUGACAACUGAAUCGAAAUCGGGAAAUAAAGUUAAUAUUAUUGUUCGUAUGAUUAGUACACAAACCGCACCAGAUAAUUUCAAUAAAAAUAUUGAAAUCCCCAAAGAAAACAUUUCACCAAAUGACAAUACAACGUAUGCGGGUAAUCAACAAAAUUCCAUUAAACCAAAUGAUUUGAUGACUAAAAGCACAAUACUGAAUUGUAAUACUAUAACGUCGCCGGACGAAUAUGCCGGAAUUUCGAAUUGGAAAAUGGAAAAUGAGAAUGCUUUCGGAUUGUCAGUGUCAUUAUACGAAAAGAAUAUGAUUACAAAAGAACCGAUUGGAAGUCCAAUUGCGGACUGCUUUGGGAUAGUUGCUCGUGGCAAUUCGAUUGCUAUGGCAUUGGCGGACGGCGUUAAUUGGGGUGAAGGUGCUUGUCUUGCUGCAAGAUCAGCCGUCCAAGGUUCAUUGGAAUAUUUAGACAAAGCUGUAUUCGGACAAGUGUCAGGUUACAUGGCGAAAUCAACGCGAGAAAUUUUCGUUAGUCUGUUGCGUAGUUUUGGCGCUGCUCAUGCUUGCAUUCUCGAAACGGGCGGAACUUUGACCACACUUACAGUGGCCGUGAUUCUUCCGCUUGCCGAUCCCAAAUAUACUGGAAAAUCGAUUGUUUGUUCGUGUAAUGUGGGCGAUAGUUUGGGCUAUGUCUACAGUAAAGAACGAGGUGUUCGAGAAUUCACACAAGGAUCUCACGAUGUAAACUCGAUGCGUGACAUGCGAGAUGCUUUGGGAUGCCUUGGGCCGGUUGAUGAAAGUCAGAAACCUGAAUUGGGUAAUCUGACACUUUCGAUGACCAUUGUUGAAGCAAAUGACAUUAUAUUUCUCGUAUCCGAUGGUAUAUCCGACAACUGUGAUCCGGUUGUUGGUAAAUUUGCCGAUGCCCUAACAAAUGAAAAUGACUUUCAGCGUCCUUUAAAUGGCGAUCAGACGUUACCACAGAAUGAAAAACAUAGACACAUCGGACUGGCACCAAAACGUCAAAACAAAAGCACUUCCGCGAUGCCUGGAACCGGGGCCGAUUCAUCGAAAAACUCCAAUCUAAAUUUCCAAUUACAAAAAUCCGAAACACAACCAAUCCGUCCACUGCGUAGAUCGAACAAAGAAUCGUCAAUUACAUCUCCAACAGCUUCGAAUCCCAAAUCAAAUCAAAUGCCUUCCUCCCAUACGCGACCGAAAUUUUUGCGAUCUCAAACGCUUAUUGAACCAUCGCGUAGCCGAAUAAACAAAAACCCAACCAUAAAAUAUCGAUUAUCACCAGCAGGUUUGCCCCUCAUAACCGGACCUCAACGACACGCACUCACAUUGUUACGCAUAGAAGAUUUAUUGGAAAAUGGUAUUAAUGGAAAACUACAGCCAUGCGUUUCAGCACGAAAAGUGUGCAAUAUUUUAAUCGAAUUUGCCCGAAUGAUCACAUCAGCCAAACGCAAAAUGCUUGAACAACGUGAACUUUUUUACAAAGUAGCUACCGUCGUCGCACCACCAGAUCCUGAAACAGGAACAUCAAGCGGCGUCAUAAAGAAGGAAAUUGAAAUGAAUCGCGUUCAACAGAGAGUCGCCCGAAAACGUGUUAUUGAUGGACAAACCUUUUCACUCUUACCUGGAAAACUCGACCACGCUACAGUGGUGGCUGCAAGGGUACCCUCCAUUACGGAAGCGAUUACUCGACGCGAUGGAGCCUUUGUAGAAACCAACUUUUAGAACAUUUGAUUACCAAACCAAUUUUCUACAAAACAUACAAAAAAAUCCACAUCCGAUAAUUACCUUUUUAUAUUGAGAUAUUAUUACGACUGUACUAAUCGGUAGACGCAUUGCUUGUCUUAUAGCACACACAAAAUACAACAAUUGUGUUACCAGCCUUUAAAAUGUUAUCCAUUCAGUCAGACUCUGAAUGUUUGUUAAAACGUCGUAAACAUUUUGAGAUGACUGAUUUGGAUAAUUUGCACUUCAAUUGAUGGUUAAAUCGUAUAUAUUUAAUACACAUGUGUUUGAAUGCUUAAAAUCCCCGUAAACAUUAAAUUUAAACAUGCGAAAUUCCUAUUUUAACUAAAGUGAAAAUUUAUUUAAAUUGAAAAAGGAUUUGAUCUGAUAUAUAAACAAAGCUAUUUUUGUCUAUUCAUAAAAUAUAACUGUGCAAAAUACGUAAAAGACGACUUCACUUGUUUUGUUUUAAAACUUUUUUAUUUGUUAUACUUUGAAUCUGAUUUUUCUUUUCAUUUCGACGACAUAAAUUUGCUGCGUAUCAGUUUUUCUGGAAAAAAGUAAUGAUUACGUGCAAACCAUGAUAAUUAAUUUAAUUUUUUAUGUUUAUCCUGUGUUAUGAUGGGAAUAAUUCUCAUAGAAAAUUAUUUUCUUUUAGAGAACAUUUUUGA